AUGUGAUUACAUAUGGCUGCUACGUCAAAUUUGUACUGCAGUACUCCCGCCUGACAAGCGUUUUUCCGACGUGCCAUCCAACGCUCCCAAGAUGCCUAACAAACCAAAAAAGAUUAUCAAAGCGAAGAAAAUAAAACCUAUAGCACCCGAAGUACCGGUUGUUAGCCCAUUGAAGAAGGGGAAACAGUCAAAGAUCGCUGCUCUACCGGAGAUAGCAAAGAAAACUGCUCCUAAGAAAAAAAUCGUAAAAAACCCCUUAAUCCAGAGUCGUCCGCGGAACUUUUGUAUUGGUCAAAAUAUCCAGCCAAAGAGGGAUCUUUACCGUUUUGUCAAAUGGCCGAAGUACGUAGAGCUACAGAGAAAACGCGCAAUUCUCAAGCGUCGUUUGAAAGUUCCACCACCUAUCCACCAAUUUUCGCAAACCCUCGACCGUUCCACUAGCUUGCAAGUGUUCAAUCUAGCUGAGAAAUACCGACCAUUGAGCAAAAAAGCUAAGAAAAUGAUGCUUCUCCAUCGCGCCCAGCUUCGUGCUGAAGGCAAACCUGAUGACCCUGUGCUCAGGAAACCUGCACUAAAAGCUGGAAUCCGAGAAGUGACAGCUGCCAUUCAACAGAAGAAAGCGCGUUUGGUGUUAAUUGCUCACGAUGUCGACCCCAUCGAAAUCAUACUCUUUCUCCCUUCUUUGUGCAGGAAAAUGGGUGUGCCUUACUGCAUUGUGAAAGGAAAAGCUAAGCUGGGUUUGCUCGUUCACAGGAAGACAUGCACUUGUUUAGCUUUUACUGCAGUAAAAGAGGAGGAUAAGUCACGCAUGACGAAAGUCAUCGAAACAGUCAAAAACAACUACACAGCACGCUUCGAAGAGAUUAGAAAGCAUUGGGGUGGUGGCCAAUUGGGUUCAAAAUCACUGGCGAGGAUAUUAAAGCUAGAGAAGGCCAAAGCGAAGGAAUUGCAAAUCAAGCUUGGUUGAUCCUUUAUACUUUAUAUAUAUACAUAUCAGUGGUCUCA